CGUGGGUAAGAAUGGCGCGACAUUGGUGGCGCCAUCAGGCGGCGUAGGUCUUCAAGUGCCUCGGAACGUACGACGGCGGCCUUUCGAAUCAGCCUAAGCCGAGUAGAGCCGAGCCCGAGUCGGAGAGGCGCGCGCCUUAGUCAGUCGAUGUUGUACCGUUGUGCAGUGAGUUGUGGGUUAUGUGUGUAUGAGACUACUUUUACUGCAGCAUAAGCAAUAGCAAUAAUAGCGAUAGCUACAGCCACAGAAAACCGCCGUCAAGGCGUAGGCAGAUCCAGUCGUGAGAAUGGUCGUUGCCCAAUGCCUCCAAACCGAGCGCUGUUCGGAUAUUUCGAGCUCUUUGUGUUUUAGUUGUGCAAUGAUGGGUCUGCAGGCUACGUCAGGAAAACGUAAAUUAGACGGUGGAGUUGGUUGUAUGGAUUUUGAUAUGGAAUUGGGUGAGAGCCCUUCAAAACUUGGUAGGGUUGAGGGUAGUUGGUGGGCGAUGGAGGAAAGCUUUGCUUCAUCAUCGCCUGUAGCUCUCAGUCAUACAACUGCAACAGCAUAUUACGAUAUGGAGGUGGUGGCCACUUCCUGUAUUCAGUCUCCUACAUCCAACAAUUCUUGCCAUUUGUCAUCACUCCACAAUUCUUCAGGAAGUUCUACGAUACCCGGAUCAACAACGUCCACGACUAGCCUUAAUGGAUCUUCAUCUCCUGUCAGUUCCUCUCAGCUAACAUCUGGAAUCAGUCAAUCUCAGCAGCAACAGUCACAACAGCAGCAGCAGCAUUAUUAUCAACGAGGAGGUGCCAGUCUUGUAAAUUCCAUCUACCAUCAACAACAGCAACAGCAGCAGCAAACGCAGCAGCAGCAGCAGCAGCAGCAACAGCAGCAAGAUCAGCAGCAACAAAAACAGCAGCAACAGGAGCAGCAGGAGCAGCAGCGGCAGCAUCAACAACAAAGACAACAAUUACAACAGCAACAGCAGCAUCAACAGCAACUUUCGAGGCCUCAAGCCCAGUGGGGUCAUCAUGCAAGUGCACCUCAUCACUAUGAGCCUCCCACGAUACGUAGGGAAGAGAAUGGGAAAAGCUACCUGGAGCUGGGCUCCAGUUAUCGUGUAAAUGAGCGUUGCUGUGAAGGUUCGCGGUCUAGCUGGUGCAGACGCGGUCGGGCUUGUUAUAGGCAGCGACGUCUCGCUGUUCUCAAUAUCUCUAUGUGCAAACUUGCCAGGUACAGGCAGUUUCCUGAUCCAAGUCUCCAUCGUUCGGUGCUUAUUUGCAACACUUUAAGAUAUCUUGAACGUGAAAUGGAGAGAGAUCGGAGUCCACCACCCAUGGAGCCGGUUAUGGCAACGCCUAUAGCUCAAUUGCAGUCAUCCGAGCAGGGCAGGCUCACGCCUUUUCCUGUAACAGUGAACUCUGCUGAAACGGAUGUUGAUUCAGGAAUUGGAGAUAGUGAUGACAGCCGCUCCAUUAAUUGGGGCAGCGUUUUAUCGCUUUCAAGUCAGUCGCCUCUUGAUCCACUUAAUAAUAAUGAGCUUCUUGAUGUGGACAUUGGUCCAGAGCUGGAUCUUGAUUUUAUGCCUGGAUGGAAGUUGACAUCUGCAGCGCCCGUGAGUUCAGAUGAGUUACUGCGAGGUCUUUCAAACUCAUCCAAUGAAUCCACUUUGAGUCUGCAGCAACAGCAACAACAGCAACACAGUCAGCAUCACGGUCACCAACAGUUGCAGGCUGGUCAUCAUCACCUUCACCACCAUCAUCACCACCAUCACCACCAUCAUCAUCAUCAUCAAGGAAAUGUAGUCGGGAGUUGUAACAAUACGAUAGUCGCAACUAAUAGCGGCAGCAAUACGCAUGAAUCGCUUAUGUGCGUCGGUUCAUAGCCCCAGACGAUACUCACAUCGCUUAGUCACCUUAUUGAUUUCUAUCCUCUUGCGCCAUAGGAGAUAAGAAAAAAACAAACUCAAGAACGAAAGCUAGAAUAAGAUAGAUAUAU